CUUGCUACUGUCUUCUCAAUGUACGGUAAACUUGGUUUGCCGCCGCAAUUGUGGCCGAGCAGUACCUCCUGCUCCGACGCUUCAAGUCGAGGCGGACUUGGCGACGCGUUGCUCGUUGGCCCAUCCGACCGCGCUCAGAAAGCGCUAGCUUCCCGACCGUCGAUGCAGCGACGCGGUCGCGCAUAGCCCUUACGCAGAGAAGUUCACG